GCAACGGCUGUUGGGAGGGAGUGAGAGGAGGAAGGGGCCGGACUGCGCAGGCGCAAGGGGGUGCCUGUCGAUGGGAUGGAGCUCACUGGGGCUGGGGGGGCCUUGAGCAGCAAAAAAGGGCCAGGGCCAGGGAACGGCCGGGGUAAAAAGAAGAAGCACAAGAAGGAAAAGGCGCCGCCCCCUCCCCAUGCAGAGAGCCAGACUCCGACGGAGCCUGUGAGUCCCUCCUGCUCCGACAACAUUCCACGCACUCCCCCAAUACCCGCCUUGCCCCUUCCUGCUGCAAUUGGCGGUGGGCAGUUGGGAUCAGAUGAUGAGGAACAAGAGGAUCCCCAGGAUUACUGCCGAGGUGGGUAUUAUCCAGUAAAGGUUGGAGACCUAUUCAACGGGCGCUAUCAUGUGGUGCGGAAGCUUGGCUGGGGGCAUUUUUCGACAGUCUGGCUCUGCUGGGAUAUACAGCGGAAGCGUUUUGUGGCUCUCAAGGUGGUGAAGAGCGCCCUGCACUAUACGGAGACGGCCGUAGAUGAAAUAAAGCUUCUGAAAUGUGUGCGGGAUUCAGAUCCCAGUGAUGCCAAGCGUGAGAACAUUGUCCAGCUACUUGAUGACUUCAAGAUCUCGGGGAUAAAUGGUGUCCAUGUCUGCAUGGUCCUUGAGGUUUUAGGGCACCAACUUCUGAAAUGGAUCAUCAAAUCCAAUUACCAAGGGCUUCCUAUCCCCUGUGUAAAGAGUAUCCUACACCAGGUACUGCAGGGCCUUGACUACCUCCACACCAAGUGCAAAAUAAUCCACACAGACAUAAAGCCAGAGAAUAUCCUGCUGUGUGUGGACGAGGGUUACGUGCGGCGCCUGGCAGCUGAGGCAACUCUCUGGCAGCAAGCUGGGGGCCCUCCUCCCUCUGGCUCAGCUGUCAGCUCUGCACCCCAGGAGAUUGUGAACGGGAAGAUGUCCAAGAACAAACGGAAGAAAUUGAAGAGGAAGCAGAAACGGCAGAGCCAGCUCCUGGCCGAACGGCUUCGGGAUCUGCAGCGGCUGGAGGAUCUGGCGACCACAGCAGCAGGGGACGCAAGUGAAUGCGUAGUAGCCCAAGACCCGAGCAAUGGAACUCCUGUCCCUGCCGCAGGAGGAGCAGAGCCCACGGGCGGGUCCUUAGCCUGCAGCCCUCAGAGCCUGACCUCGUCCUCUGGCUUCUACACACACAACGCCUACGACAGCUGCAAUGGCCACUCUCCGCCGGGAACCGCCAGCCGCCACUUCAGCCCCGACUCAGCGACGUCUGGUUUCUCAGGAUCCCUCUUCUCUGGCUCGGCCAUGUCAGGCGUUUCAAACCAGCGGGAGUGCGGAGGGCUGCUGUCCCCCAGCAUCUCUGCUUUCGGAGCCUCCAGAUUCUUGGCCAAUCCCUUGGAUCCCCAAAACGCAGACAAGAUCAGAGUGAAGAUCGCAGAUCUGGGCAAUGCCUGCUGGGUGCACAAACAUUUCACGGAGGACAUUCAGACUCGCCAGUAUCGGGCUCUGGAGGUUCUCAUCGGUGCCGUCUACAACACUCCGGCAGAUAUCUGGAGCACAGCGUGUAUGGCCUUUGAGCUGGCAACUGGUGAUUAUCUCUUUGAGCCACACUCGGGUGAGGAUUAUACCAGGGACGAAGAUCAUAUCGCCCACAUUGUCGAGUUGCUGGGCGAUAUCCCUCCACACUUUGCUCUUUCGGGGCGCUAUUCCCGCGAGUAUUUCAACCGACGGGGAGAGCUUCGCCAUAUUAAGAACCUGAAGCACUGGGGCUUGUAUGAGGUCCCUCGACGCACGCCCCUGGAACAAGCGGCCCAGUUUACGGACUUCCUCUUGCCCAUGAUGGAGUACAUCCCCGAAGAGCCAACGGCCUCGCAGUGUCUUCAGCACCCGUGGCUCAAUUCCUAGGGCCUGGUGUAACCUUGACAGAUGGACCGACCACCAAACGCAAAGGGACUCCAUCGAGUGUGGACUUCCCUGUCACAGAGCCUGGUCCCAUGAUGGGCGUAACGGAGGAAGGCCCAUCUCUUCCCUCCUAAGUGGAGGGCAUUCCCAAGAUUGCUUCAAGGUCAGUUCCCAGCGGGUUAAGCCAGGAAGUGGACAGAAGCCCAGUUUUUUGCUCUGGCCAUUGCUGAAGCACAGCCGAGAGGUUUCUUUUCUCUGUUAUUUUCCCGAAAGGUUCCUUUUUUCGGAGUUAUUUUCUCCGUGCCCCACUGAAGGAUGUUUAUGACUUUUGAAAUUAGCCUUGGCCUUCUUUACAACUCUCUGCCCUAAGAAAUAAGACUCCCAGCCUUCCUAACUCCAGCAGGCAAGAAAACAGAUGUGUACCCUUAUGAGGACAGUUUCACAGGACUCUCAUGUGUGGUUGUGAUACAGGCUGAAUGCAUGGGUGAGAUUUGGAUGAUGAACUGGAGGAUGUGUCUGAAUGUUAGACACCGGAAAAUGGCGAUGGAAGUUUUUCGCUUGAGUGCAUGGCCUUUCUGGAGAAGCAUCGCAAAUGCGUACUCCUUCCCAAUUGUGCUUCCAUGCCAUGGAAUGAGACCUUUUUGAGCUACAGAAAUCAUAUGCAAAGCGAAUGAACUUAUGCAAAGUUACCUGGUUUUGAUGUGGCAGUGUGGUGAUGGAACAAGUUGGGGGGAGAAGAGUUGGGGAGUUGGGGGGGGGAGACAAAUAGGGUUCCCAACAGAGAAAGCAACUGAUGUUUUCUAUAGGAAAGUGGAAAGGAAGAAUUCUCAUUGUGAGUUGGUUAGCACUGGGUAGCUGAGGUUUCUGUGCUUGCAAAAACUUGUUUGGUGAAUUCUACUGAAACGUGAUUGCUGGAUAAACCAGGGCAGUUAUCAGAGAGUUUUUAUUUUAAGUCCUGCUUUAUCCCCUGGGCUGUUCCAAGUUCACCCUAAGUUGCAAGAAGUUGGUCAGAACCGAGCUUCCACAAAAAUCAACACUUGUUCUUUAAAAAGCAAGCGUUUACCCUUAAUUGAUCAGGAAAUAUUUCUGCAUAAGGACAGUUUGUAAGACAAGCCCUUCCAGAACAGAACUUUUAUUUCCUGUAAGCGGUUCCUCCGCUUUCAUUAUUUUCCCUCCAUUUCCAUUAUCACUAGUUCUGGACCUCAGUUUUUGAGAGGAACACAAUAUUACCGUAAGUAUUUUGCAUAAUUUAUUUCAACCCCAAUCCUAGUUGGGAAAAAAGAUGCCGGAAGCCAGAUCAUGUGAAUGUGUAUCUGUAAAAAAUUUAUUCUCCGUCUGGGUUUUCCCCCCUUUUUUUCCCGCUGGUGGAUGUUUCGAUGCUGCUGAAGCGUUUGCUGUCUUGAGGCCCUGUUGCCCCUGUCUUUCGACACUUUAGCACCCUUUCUGGACUCUAAAGCAGAGCAAAUGGCUGUUUCAGAGAGCUUGGCUUAGGUGAACCAAAUGGCCAUGCUGGUGGUUUGCCACUGGUGAAAAAAAUGUUUUAGUUGUUCAUGAUGAAGGACCGAAUGGAGGAGCUAAAUUGCGAUACCCCUCCAGCCAAUUCCCCAGAAGCAAAGGAGGAAUCGACAGUGUAAAGACCUGCCCUAUCUGGGUUUAAGCCCAGUAUUCCGAGCUCUCUCUUCUACUGGGAGAGUUAGGACUGGACCCUAGUUUAGAAGCCUGUGGGAAGGGAAAGCAGGGGGUGGUCUCUAUGGGUGAAGCCUACACCUCUUGGGUGUGUGAAACAUCCAUGAGGCCUCUCUUGAAACCAAAACUGUAACACAGCCGAGCGUAAGAAGAGUGACAAUAUUAGUUCCUUGCAUUCCUCUUGAUUUAGAAGCUGGGGCUUUCCCUUCUAGCUGGGGCCCAUGUUUGCCAGGGUGGAGGAACGUGUGUGUAUGCUUGUGUGUGUGCAUUUGGAAUGCCCUGUGCUGUUUGGCAGGGAACUGAAUACAACUUUUCAUUAAAAUGUUU